AUGCGCAAGUUGAUUGGUCAAGGGUUUCAAGAUCUUCCAACAUUUAUAGGACCAAAUGGGGAAAUAACGUUAAAUAUCGCUAGAUCUGGUAUAGAAAGCAUUGAAACUUUGCCAGUUAAUAUCAAUGUUUUAAUCCUGGAUCAUAACUACAUUCGUCGCUUGGAGAACUUAUCAACUUUGUGUAAUUUGCAACAACUCUCAGUGGCAGACAACAAGUUACUUCAGAUGCACGGAGUAGCGGGUCUAAUAAACCUGACGAUCCUAAAUUUACCUAAUAACGGUAUCGUUACAAUGGAUGGUUUAGCCAAGCUCACUAACUUGCGUUGGCUUAACCUAUCGGGAAACAAACUUAAGGUUAUUGAACAGCUGGACACUAAUCUAAACUUAAAACAUCUGGAUUUGUCUGACAAUUAUAUUUACGAACUUCAGGACUUAUCCCACUUGACGAAACUGAAGACUCUUCUUUUACAUUGCAACCACAUUAGCACUCUACAUGAUGGAUCGAGAAAUUUACCAAAGUCACUUGAGAUACUGUCCUUAGCCAGUAAUAUGGUCUCCAACAUUCUGGAAGUUCAAGAGUUGUCCUGCUUACCCAUGCUUACUCAGUUCUCUUUGGGAAAUAAUCCGUGUAUCGAAUCAUUUGCAAACGACUAUAAAUUGUUUGUCUUGGGUUGGCUGCCAAAUUUACGUAUUCUCGAUGGGACUCGGAUAACAAAAGAAGACAUUGAGAAAGCUAAUACCUUCAUAUCAGGAAUAAAAUCUUCCAUGUUUAUACAAUCAUGGUCUCACAAUGAACCCUGCAAAUCCAAUCAAGAUAUUGAUAAUGGUAUCGUUACCAGAAAUUACGUUCAUCCAAUUCGGACAGAGUUGAUAACUCAUGAAGCUGUCAAUCAUAAUGUUUCGAGAAAUCAUCAUAGUAGAUCAACUUCAUCAUGUACCAGAUUCUCAGCUGAACUAAAUCAGAAUUUGUCCUGUGAAGACGUUUCUUCUAAUUCCGUUAGUGGUAUUUCAAAUAAAUCCUGUACUGGAGAACCAACGUCCACAGUGAAUAAUUCUUGUUCAAAUGGAGAUCGUAAUCAUAUGUCUCAAUCGAUUUCACCGUCUGUUAUUACAACUAUUAACCCUACUGCAAACAAUUAUCUACUCAAUAAUAAUUCUAUGGCUUCAUCUAUUCUAAAUAAUGGUAAUAUUCCUUUAAAUCAAAAUAAAUGCAAUAAUAAAACUAAAAGUACAGAAAGCGUCGAUAUGUCUAGUUUAUCCUACUCAUCAUGUCCUGCUAAUCCGAAAUUAAAUAUCAAUAAUAUUAAUGAUAAUAAAAGUCUGUUUAUUACACAUGAAACAUCAUCAUCAUCAUCUACAUCAUAUCCUAUGGCUAACCCUCAACCAUUAUUAAAAAUGUCGACUAAUUCACCACGACAAGUUUUACCUGAAAUCAAAGAAGGAAAGUUCAAAAUAAAAUUAACUGAUGAACUACCAAGAAUGAAUUCAUACUGUAAUGAUCAACUUGUUACAUCAUCUAGUAAUUUGUUGUCAUCAGAUUCAGUCUAUUUACCUUUAAAUGUAUCAAAUACCACUAAUAACAUAGAAGAGACAUUCGAAACAGGAUAUAAGGCAAAAACUCAUUCAAAUGCAGUUCAUCAUAUGUUAAGUAAUGCCAAAGACUGGCAAAGUAUUGACAAAAAGUUAUCAUUGAAAUUAUCACCUAGUGAUAGUUUAUUAUCUUCUGGGAAUUUCAUUCCUUUACACCAAUCAAUGUAUUCUAAAUCGCCAACACCUUCAAAUUCUUUGACAAAUUCUAUACAUAGCAUAAAGUCUAAAGAAGAUAUAAAAUUUGAAACAUUAGGUUUCAUAAAUGGUGUACAUUUAAUUCAUGAUGGUGAAGAAAACGAAGAAGAUGAUGAUAAUAUCGAUGAUGACGAUGAAGAUGUCAUAACAACAGAAACAACAGUUCAAAGUAGUAGAUUCAUUGAACUUAUAGAUAAACCAAACGGUGUUGAACAAUCCAAAGAGGGUAAUAUUACUACCCUUGAUAAUAAUAAUAAUAAUAUUGAUGAAAAAGAUAUACUACUUAAAGAAGUCUCAGAUGAUAUGGAUUUAAAUUGUCUGAUUAAUUUAAAACAUAAGAUUAAUACACAAUCUAUGAAAGUUCAUAAGUCCAUUACAAAAGAUCAACAAAAGGAAAUUUUCGAUACUAACAUUAAACAACAGUCAGGAGAAUCGGUCGAAGUAAAUGAAGAUUCUAAAUUAGUCGUUAACAAUGACGUUAAUGAUAAUAAUCUAGUAGAAUCGAAUUCAGUAGCCACUGAUCGUUAUAACGUAGUAACUACUACAUUAGAUAAUCCAUUAAUUAACAAAUGUAGUCAUAAUUCUAAUCCAAUAACAUUAUUAUCUUCAACAUCUUCUGUGACAACAACAUCAUUAUCUAAUUAUUGUCCAACAUGUGGUAAUCAAACUAAACUAUUACAAGAUCAUGUUAUAUUUUUACAAAAACAAUUACAAACUCAAUAUAAAUCUAAUGAAGCUGAAUCUAAAUUGAAUCAAUUACAUUCCAAUUCUAUUCAAUUUUUAUUAAAAGAAGUUCAAGAAUUAAAAGCUUGGAAAGAAUCCAUUUCACUUAAAUUAACAAAUUCUACUUAUAAAUCUAUUGAAUUUUCUUCUAAUUAUACUCAAACUGAUAUUCAAGAUAUUUAUCAUGAUCAAAGACAAGAGUUAACAGAAAAUACUGUCAAUCUAUUGGAUCCAAAGGAAAGUGAUGAUAACAAUGAUUCAAGUUGUAUUCAACUGCCUAAUAAUAUGAUUGAACAAAAUCAUAUGGAAGAUAAUACGUGCAAGAUCAAUUCAAACAAUCAUUUGUUAACCAAUACUGUUCAAUUGAAUAGUAUCAAUGAAGAACAAAAUAAGAAAUCUUCUUAUGAAUUGAGCAGAUUUAAUGAAUAUGAAGAAGAUAAAACGUUAUCUUCAUUUGCUAAAAUGUCUACUACAGAACUUUCUAAACUAUCAGAACUACAUCAUACUUUACAUUGUGAUAAUAAACAUUUUGAUAAAAAUGAAAAUAAUAAUCAAAUAAUAUUAAUGAAUAAUAUAUUACAACGGUCGUCCUAUGGUAAUACUUCAAACAUAUUAGGAACUCAUCAAGACAUUGAAUCGAAUACUACUGUCACUGAUUCUUAUGAUCUUGAAGAUUUUUCAGAUUUAGAACUAGUACGACAAGCUGCUAUACAGGCUAUGAAUCUAAACUCAACAUCAAUUGAUGCAAGUAUUCAUAGUAAUUCAUCUCUGUCAAUUGGAACAUCUUCAAUUUCAUAA